UUGGAAACUGACAAUUGACAACCGAACAGUUAAGAUUUCAAGUAGGUACGUGUCAUAUUAUCCUAUAGCUUAGACUCACGUACCGUCGUUUCACCAAUUAAUCUGAUACAGUCAUACUCUUAAACAGGAAACAGAAGUAAGUAGCUAGCUAGUAAACCUCUAGGGGAAAAAAUGGCAGAAGAAAAGGAGGGCGGAGAGAUUGAGGAAAGUGUGAUAGAAUUAGAAAAGUUGUCAAUAUCCAAAAUAAAAAUAAAGAAAGUAGGUCAUCUAAGAGAUUUCAUACCAAUUUCACAACUGAAAACAGUGACAAACCCACUUCAAAAUAACCCUAACUACCGCCCUACUGAUGCCUUCUACAUAUCUCCAUCCUCCGACAUCCUUCUGAAGCAGGUGUUAUAUGACCUCUCAGGCACCAACCAAUACCCGCCAUACGGCUAUGGCUUCGCUUACCACCGUGCUGGCCCCCGUAAGUUGGUGUACUUUGAUCCAGAUGAAGUCAAGGCCGCUAUUGUUACUUGUGGUGGACUCUGUCCCGGGAUUAAUACUGUUAUCCGGGAGAUUGUUGUUGGCCUUUCUGACCUUUAUGGGGUUGGUCAAAUUUUUGGUAUUUCUUCUGGUUAUAGGGGGUUUUACUCCUUUGACCCUGUUCUUCUUACUACAAAGAUGGUGCAUAAUUGGCAUAAGCAAGGUGGUACCGCCCUUGAAACUUCUAGGGGUGGCUUUGAUCUUUCCAGGAUUGUUGAUUCAAUUGAGCAUCAUGGGUUCAACCACGUGUAUAUCAUUGGAGGAGAUGGCACCAUGCGUGGCGCAGUCAAGAUAUACGAGGAGAUUUGCCGCCGGAAACUCAACGUUGCGGUGGCUGGAAUACCCAAAACAGUAGACAAUGAUGUUGGGGUAAUUGACCAAUCGUUUGGCUUUCAAACAGCGGUGGAAAGCGCUCAACAGGCUAUCAACGCGGCUCAUGUGGAGGCCGAGAGUGCGGUUAAUGGUAUUGGAUUGGUCAAGUUGAUGGGCCGAAGUACUGGCCAUAUUGCUCUGCACGCAACCUUAAGCAGCCGUGAUGUGGAUUGUUGCUUAAUCCCAGAAAACGAGUUUUUCCUACAAGGAAAAGGCGGACUACUUGAGUUUCUCGAAAGGCGGUUAAAAGAAAUCGGGCAUGCGGUGGUAGUUGUGGCUGAGGGUGCCGGACAGGAGUUAAUACCCAGAACCGAGGAGGAACAGCAGCAGGACGAGUCUGGAAACCCUGUGUUCUUAGACGUUGGCGUGUGGUUAAAGUCAGAGCUAAAUAAAUGGUGGAAAAGAGAUCAUCCAGGGGAACUGUUUACUGUAAAGUAUAUUGAUCCAACUUAUAUGAUACGCGCAGUUCCUGCUAAUGCAACUGAUAACAUGUAUUGCACUCUUCUAGCACACUCAGCAAUUCAUGGAGCCAUGGCAGGGUAUACUGGAUUUGUCGCAGGCCGUGUGAAUGGUACCUAUGCUUAUAUUCCUGUCAAGGAGGUGGCUGAGACCAAGAAUAUGGUGGAUACCAUGGAUCAUAAGUGGGCCUGGGUUAGGUCCAUCACCAACCAACCAGACUUUCAAAACACCUGAACUAAAAUUCUACAACUAGGUAGUUUACAGUAGCACUAGUCUUAUUAUCUGUGUAGCCAACGUCAAAAUAGUUUAACAAUGUAAUACCAAAUAAAUAAAAUAAAACUUAAAAAA